AUGAGUGUGGGAGGACGGCGCAUUUGCGCCCACUGUCUCUUCACUCUGACUCGAGGCCCGUCGCGCCCUGGUCGCCUGUCCUCACUACGGAGGCCCCCACAGCAGCCGCUGCGCUCACUCUCUCAAUCCCACCUACGCGCCGCCUUUGCUCCUCCGACGCCUGCAUCUCUCGGAAAAGCCGUGCCAGCAAAAGAGUUCAAGAGGACAAGGAAAUGGAUACGAAGAAUCGGUUAUCUCGUCCUCUUCGGAACCGGCGUGUACGUGGCGGACAAGAACUUCUACGCCUCAAGUCUCGCACGAUGCACCCGCACAUUUACCAUGGGCCUGAUCGCCGCGUUGGACUACAAGAUCAACUUCCGGGAGAACCCAUGGUUCGCCGAUGACAUUACAGAGGUCCAUGCCCGGAACGCCACACGGCUGUUCCAUCUUUUGCGAUCGAAUGGCGGCCUCUACCUCAAGAUCGGCCAAGCCAUUGCGAUGCAGACGGCCAUCUUGCCGCCGGAGUUCCAGAAGAUGUUCGCCAAGAUGUUCGAUGACGCGCCGCAGAACAGCUGGGAGGAUGUGCGGCAGGUCAUUAUGGAGGAUUUCGGAGGCAGGACUCCCGAGGAGGUAUUUGGGAUAUCCUUUGAUGGGGAUCCCGAAGCAGGUGUCAUGGAGAGGAAAGCCCGCGCGAGUGCCAGUGUUGCGCAGGUUCAUUGGGCGAGGCUCAAGGACGGGCGGGAAGUGGCCAUUAAGAUUCAGAAGCGGGAAAUCGCACAGCAAGUAGGUUGGGAUCUCUGGGCCUUCAAGGUCGUCACACGGAUCUACACCUGGUGGUUCGACCUGCCGCUGUAUUCUCUCGUUCCGUACAUCACGGAGCGGUUGUUGCUGGAAUGCGACUUCCAGAAUGAGGCCAACAACAGCAAGAACAUGGCGAAGCUGGUCCAGAGCGAACCCCGACUGCGUGACAGGGUGUACAUCCCCAAGGUCUACGACGACCUGACCACGAAGCGUGUCAUGACUGCGGAAUGGGUCGAGGGCGUGCGGAUGUGGGACAAAGACGCCAUCAGUCGGCCCUGGCAAGGCGGCUGGCGCACAGGCAGUCCAGGCUGCCACGGCACACCGCUUGACCCGCCUCAAACGCCCGUCACCACGCUGCAGAAGGAAGCCCGGUCGUACGAUGCGGAGCUGAAACCUGACAGGAACUGGUGGCGAGGCCGGGACGGCAAAGGCGGCCUCGGUCUAGAUCUCAAAGAAGUCAUGACCACGAUGGUCGACCUCUUCUCGGCGCAGAUGUUCCUCUGGGGCACCGUCCACUGCGACCCGCACCCCGGCAACAUCUUCAUCCGACGCCUCCCCAACGGCCACUCCGAGAUCGUCCUGAUCGACCACGGCCUGUACAUCAAGAUGUCCCCUGCCUUUCGGCAUCAGUACUCGCUCUUCUGGAAAUCGCUGAUGACGUUUGACAACAAGACCCUCAAGCAAGUGGUCGGCGAAUGGGGCAUCAACAACGCCGAGAUCUUCGCCUCCGCGACGCUCAUGCGCCCCUACGAAGGAGGCGACCACUCCGUCUCGCGCCGCCUCAAGGGCAUCUCGGAGCAGGAGAAGCGCAAGCGCCAGUACGAGAUGCAGCAGGCCAUGCGCAAGGGCAUCAAGGAGAUCCUCGGCGACGAGACCAAGUGGCCCCGCGAACUCAUCUUCAUCGGCCGCAACAUGCGCAUCGUCCAGGGCAACAACCAGUACCUGGGCUCCCCCGUGAACCGGAUCAAAAUCACGGGCAACUGGGCGUCGCGCGCGCUGGCCGAGGACCGGAACCUCACUUUCACGGAGCGGUGGCGGUAUUUCGGUAGCCACUUGAUGUUCAAGUUCGUGCUGUGGAUGACGGAUGCCUACUUUUACUAUGCCAAGCUGAAGCAGGCGCUCGGCCGGGGCAAGGGCAUGGACGACGACAUGGAGCAGAUGAUGAGAGGCAUGGCCAAGGAUUAUGGGAUCGAGAUGAACCAUUCUGUGUUUGAGGGGUGA